CUGGGCGUUUCUUUGUGAAAUUCUCGUGUCCCAGGCAGAGAAAGUAAAAGGAUGAGUUUGAGAUAUUGAAAAAGCCAGAAAUGUCUCCGUCUAGAAUUGAAAUAUCUAGCUAGUAAGGCUGACUGCAAAGGAGUUUCUACCCCGAAGUGAUCUGGCGAAGAGCAAACUGUGAGACCAAAUUUGCACUAAUGCAACGAAGCUUGAGCUCUAUAAGGCGGUAGAGGGAAGUGAAGGGGUGGAGCUUUAUGAGCUUUCUGGAACACUAACUGAAGGAACCAGAGUAACAGGUCUGAUUAGGGAACACCGGAUGCCUAUGGCAUGAUGCCUGGAAAGAGACAGCUUGGAGUGAGGAGUUAGACAGAGGAGAGGACAGGAGCGGAGAGCAGUGACCAGAACCCUACACUCUACCCUACCCCUACUGGCUGCUGCAGUGUGGCUGUGCAUUGCGGUGCCACUCUCAAACCCCACUGUGAUAUUCCUCAGCCAGGCAGGAACCAUGCCGGCCCUGGCCACCGGAUCUGGAAAUGACUCAGAUCUGUAUGAGCUGCUGUCUGCCCUGCCCUCCCAGCUCCAGCCCCACGUUGACAGCCCGGACGACAGCACCUUUAUACACGACAUGUUCGGAGAGAGGAGCCUCCACUCGCUGGUCAAGAUCCACGAGAGGCUGCAGCACUAUGAGCAUCGCAGUCCUGCCCCCGUCCUGGACAGCGCAGGGUCCCUAGCCACUGACCUGUCUGAGGAACUGCAGGUUAAAGGUGGCAGUGGAGGAAUCAGAGAGCUGCUAAAACUACUGGCUAAACCCCACGUCAAGAGUCUUCUGUCCGUCCAUGACACGGUAGCCCAGAAGAGUUAUGACCCCGAUCUGCCUCCGUUGCCCGAUGACAUCGAUGAUGACGAGGAGUCAGUGAAGAUCAUACGACUGGUCAAGAACAAGGAGCCUCUCGGAGCCACAAUAAAGUGUGAUGAGCACACAGGAGCCAUCCUUGUUGCCAGGAUCAUGAGAGGUGGCGCUGCAGACAGAAGUGGUCUGAUCCGUGUAGGCGACGAGCUGAGGGAAGUGAACGGGAUUCCUGUGGAUGACAAGAAGCCUGAUGAAAUCCUCCGCAUUCUGGCCCAGUCUCAAGGGGCCAUUACGUUUAAAAUAAUACCAGGUAUCAAAGAGGAGGCACCGAGCAAGGAGCCCAAGAUGUUUGUGAAGACACUGUUUGACUACGAACCAGCGGAGGACAAAGUCAUCCCGUGUAAGGAGGCGGGUCUGACCUUCAAGAGGGGAGAUAUCCUUCAGAUCAUGAGCCAGGAUGAUGCAACCUGGUGGCAGGCCAAACAAGACAGCCAUGCCAACCCCCGCGCCGGCCUCAUACCCUCCAAAGAGUUCCAGGAGAGAAGAUUUGCACUGCGUCAGCCCGCCACCCAUGUUUUUCAGGCCCAGAAGAUCUCCAACAGAAGAUCAUCUGGUUUUCGCCGGAGCUUCCGCCUCAGCAGGCGAGACAAGAAGACCAACAAAUCCAUGUAUGAGUGUAAGAAGAGUGAGCAGUACGACAUGGCUGACGUGCCCACCUACGAGGAGGUGACUCCACACCGCAGGCAGAGUGGGGCCAUGCACAGGCUUGUGGUCCUCGUCGGUCCCGCGGGGGUAGGUCUAAAUGAGCUGAAGACGAAGCUGCUGAUCUCUGACCCCCGACACUUCAGCGUUACCGUGCCACACACCAGCCGGCCGAAGAGGAACCAGGAGAUUGACGGGGUGGAGUAUCACUUCAUCUCCAAAAAUAUAUUUGAGACGGACAUCCAAAACAACAAAUUCGUAGAGCAUGGUGAGUAUAACGGGAACUACUAUGGGACCAGUCUGGACUCUGUGCAUUCUGUCCUGUCCAAGAACAAGGUGUGCCUGCUGGACGUUCAGCCUCAUAUGAUAAAGCACUUGAGGACGGCAGAGUUUAAACCCUACGUGGUGUUUGUGAAGCCGCCGCCCAUCGAGCGCCUGCGGGAGACCAGAAGGAACGCGAAGGUCAUCUCAGGCAAAGACGACAAGGGAUCCGCCACGCCAUUCUCGGAGGAGGACUUCCUGGAAAUGGUGAGCACCGGCCAGCAGAUGGAGAGCCAAUACGGCCACUUGUUUGAGAAGGUGAUCGUCAACGACGACCUGACAGCAGCAUUCAGUGAACUGAAUGGGGCUCUGAAGAAGAUGGAGACAGACACUCACUGGAUACCCAUCAGAUGGACUCACUCCUGAGAACCACGGAGAGAGAGAGACUUUUUGAGAAAGAAGAUUAAAAAGGGAAGGACUUUUUAACAAAGUUGUUAGUAUAUUUAUAUAUUUUACCCUUAUUUCUGCCAUGUGUGUGGUGGGCGUUGUUGGAUAGCAGUGAACUGACUUUAUAUAUUGCACUACCCACAGGGCUCUGGUCAAGGUACUAUGUAGGAAAUAUGGUGCCAUUUUGGGACGAAUCCUGUAUCUCUCUCUGGGUCUUCCACUGGGCCCUGUCCAGCUCAGUCAAUUAUGCAUCAAUGCACUGGACAUCUUGAGUCAAUGCACUGGACAUCUUGAGGGUGGGGCUGGUCUGAUCUGGUUUUAGACCGCUGCUCUGUCUUCAGAUCGCUUUCACUGUGACUGCCAAUCAGUGCUGUGCCAGUACGUACUGUAACUACGAGCUCCUUCCUUAGUGUGUUUUUAACAUUAGUUUAUAGAAAACAAAGGGAUUUGUAUUUUUCUGUUUCUGGAUUGACAGUGGGUGGUGUUUACAUGUACAUUUCUGUAUGUUUUACUGCAAAGCCUCAAGAAGAGAAUAAUGGGGAAAGAGAUACAAAUAAACAUUUUGCCUUCAAGUCUUAAACUCCGCUUCGGUCCAAAAGUUCACCCUUUUCUCUAUGUAGUGCACUACUUUUGACCAAGGCCCAUAGCAAUCUGGUCAAAAAUAGUCCACUAUAUAGCGGUAGGGUGCCAUUUCUGAUGCACCUUCAAACUCCGAUAAACUAUGCCCUUGCUGUUUUUAACACUUCCAUGGACGGUUAUGCCAAGAUGGCAAAGCAAAAUGGUACAGUACACUCAUCGAAGGGCAACAACAGGUGUCAUUUUAUUUAAGAGAAAUGAAUAUAUUUUCAUAUUUUUCUGCUAUUUUACAUACCUUUUAUAUAUGACAUAUUUCUAACAUAUUUUAUAAAGAAGCACCAUGAUACUGUCACUGUAUAACCUGAGGUGAUUCCUGACGUUACUUUGAUGUUGGAAGCCUUCUUUCAAGGCAUCAGACAGUGUCUUGUCGUCGUACCUCAAGUUCCCGUGCCCUACUUACACAGAGUGCGUUCUAAACGGCACCCUUAUUCCCUAUAUAGGGAUUUAGGACAACGCCUAGGUGUUUUAUACUUUUUUAUUUAGGAGAUAUUUAAAAAAAGAUAUUUAAACCCUACUUUGAAUACUUUACUCAUGACGGUGACCAGGCAGCAAAACAAUUUGCCAAUUAAACUACCAGACAUCGGCUUGUCAUUUGUAAGUAAAAUGUUCUCAGUCUAGUAUAAUUAGGGUGGAGUGGAGUUAGCCUUAAUUUAUUAUCAUAAAACAGGCCUAAAACAAGGAACCUAACAGAGGGCUCCAUAGCGCUAAUAGAUUUACAACAGACCGAAGAAAAAAAAGUAGCUGCUUCUAACUUAACAAGGUUCAGGUUAUAUAGAGAAAGGUUAGAGUUGCUAGUCCUCCACACCUCUUUCAAUUUCCCUCCUGUCUGUCUGUCUGUCUGUCUGUCUGUCUGUCUGUCUGUCUGUCUGUCUGUCUGUCUGUCUGUCUGUCUGUCUGUCUGUCUGUCUGUCUGUCCCUCUACCCUUUCCCUGCUAUUCAGUUUCUGUACCCCACGGUUAGGUGGCUAGACUAUAAAGUGUAUGUUGGAUUCUUUGAUGAGAUCAUUUCUGGAGCUAUGAUGUUGAGGGUUUAAAAAUUCUGGUAACUUUCCCCAAAUUGUAUGGACAGUUACCAGAAUUUUGCAACCCUAAUCAUGUCUGAUGUUCAAAGACCCUACACAAAUGGAAGGUUCAUUCGGCUUCCUCUCGACAUUUCAUACAAUUCCUCCUGUAUAGGGUAGCAAUUAUUUAUAUUUUUUUCAUUCCUUGGUUUUCCAGGAUUCCUGGUUGGAAUAUUCCUGGAAUCAGGAGGGAAUUACCAGGAGAUCCUCGAAUCCUUACCGGAAUUCUCCAACCCUACUUCUGUAGUCUGGGUUUAGGCCCUGCUGGGUGCAGUGACCUCACGAUUAGUGACCUCAUGUUCUCUCUCUUCCCAAGUUUUCACACUUACACCACCAACCAUAGGUGUUAGUUAGUUAGCUCCGUUUCCAGCUAAGGUCAUGAAGAGGCACCACAGCUAUCUCUCUCUCUGUCUGGUGUCUGUUUUCUCUUUUAAAGCUGUUCUCUCUAUCUCUCUCUCUGUCUGGUGUCUGUUUUCUCUUUUA